CAUCAGAAAGGACACUUAGCACCAGGUGACCCGGAGCACCCACCAGCCGAGCCUCACGCACAGCUAUGACUGUUUACAGCCCCGCGAUCAGGAGGUACAAGCAAAGCUGAACUUCCCAGGGAGGAGCAGGCAGAAACCUCGAGAGGGUUUCCAUGGUCAGCUCAGAGCUCUGCUUGGAGAGGAGGAAGAGUGGGAGAGGAGGAAGGGGUGCCCUGCACAGAGCAGCACCAGCUCCACUCGGAACCUCGUCCUGCAGCAUCCCGAGGGGUGCCGGGCCAUCCCAGUGGAAGAGAAAACAUCAAGGACGAAGGCACAUGAGCCCCAUUUUGGGGCCACUGUGCGUUUGCCCGGCCAGGACUCAGCUGAGCAUCGCUGGGAGCCGAGCGAGCGGGUCCCGCAGGAGCAGGCAGGGGCUGCGAAGCGAGCGCCCGCCCCAGCAGCAGCCCCAGCCCGGAGCCGCAGGCAAAGCAGCACCUUGCAGCACCCUGUGAUGUCAGUCAGGUCGCCGUGCACAUGUAAACACGGCUGGCGCGGUGCAGCCGGGACACUCCACUUCCUCCUGACAGCACGGGUGCACUUAGCUGGGUUUCUGCCUGAAAAGGAAUGACCCACCCACCCUAUACCACAACAGAUGUUUCCAGCAGCCCAGUCAUGAUGCAGAGCAACCAGACCUGCUCCAGUCACAGUAUAACAUUCAAAAACAGCCUGUACGCAACCACUUACACCAUCAUAUUCAUCCCCGGCCUCCUGGCAAACAGCGCUGCCCUGUGGGUCUUGUGCCGCUUCAUCAGCAAGAAGAACAAAGCCGUCAUCUUCAUGAUCAACCUGGCCGUCGCCGACCUGGCUCACGUCCUCUCGCUGCCGCUGCGAAUAUACUAUUAUAUUAACUCCACGUGGCCUUUUGAGAAAUUCCUUUGCUUACUGUGUUUCUACCUGAAGUACCUCAACAUGUACGCCAGCAUUUGCUUCCUCACCUGCAUCAGCAUCCAGAGGUAUUUCUUCCUGUAUCAGCCCUUCAAAGCCAAGAACUGGAAGCGGCGGUACGACAUAGCCAUCAGCGCUGUGGUGUGGCUCUUCGUGGGGGCAGCGUGCUUGCCGUUCCCUAUCAUGCGCAACUACGGCAUGGCCAACAACACAAAUACCUGCUUUGCUGACCUCGAAGUCCGGCAGAUCGACAGCAAAGCGGCCACCGUGCUCAUGACAGGCACAGCGGAGCUCUUCGGGUUCAUCGGCCCACUCAUCAUUAUUUUAUUCUGUACUUGGAAAACAAAAGACUCUCUUCGGGGCUUCCAGAUACCGCUGCAAAACAGCAGUGAGAGGCGGAAGGCUUUAAGGAUGGUUUCCAUGUGUGCCAUUGUGUUCUGCGUGUGUUUUGCACCAUACCACAUCAACUUCUUUUUCUACAUGUUGGUGAAAGAAAAUGUCAUUACAGACUGCUUCCUGAGUACCAUCACGCUCUACACCCAACCCUUUUGCUUAUGUCUUGCAAGUCUGGACUGCUGUUUGGAUCCAAUCCUCUAUUUCUUUAUGACCUCAGAGUUUCAAGACCAGAUAUCAAGGCACAGCAGCAUGGUCAUCAGGAGUCGGCUCAUGAGCAAAGAGAGUGCCUCAUCAGUUAAGGAAUGACAAGAAAGCCAGAUGAAAAGAAUGAAGAUAUUUCAUAUCAAAUCUGGGACUGUUCUGUGACACUCGAUUACAAACUCCAUUGUGGAAGAUCCUGUAAGUGUUAUCUGGGGGAUUUUUGUGGCAGUGGAAAUCUCUCGAUAUAUAGAAGAUAAAGCUCUGUUUAAGACCAAUGCGUUGGAAGCUAACGAGCAACCCAACCGGUGUGACUACACCUACCGCUGUGCCACCCACACCUCUCCUCUCUGGACCAGAAAAUAUACAGUGGGGAGCGACAAAGCUUUUGCUAGGAAAUGGUGGAAAAGUCCCAGGAGCUUUUCUUCUAUUUUCCCAACUCCAUGGCUCUACGAUCAAGCCAAAGACAAUCCCACAUCCAUACACUGACAUCUGCUGAAGUGCCUUCUCUGCUAAAAACACACAAUGUACACAAGAACCUGAUAAUGGCCAGUAACAAUAAAUGGCGGUUUUGGUCCCCACACUCUGGGCCGCAGACGCGUGAAGGCUGGCAGCUUGCUUCAGCAGAGUAGCCCCGGCUUUGAGUGUAUCCCACUGGUCGCCACACUUACCUCUGCGUCACCUCUUCUGCACUCCCCAUCCCGCUCUCGUUCAUUAUUUCCUUCUCACCCAGCUCUAAGUUUGCUCCUUAAUUGCUGACGCAUCCCGUAACUUGCACCUAGAGCUGGUGCAAGACUCUCUGCAAAACAAGUUCUCCCGACAGCUCCUCAAACAUCCCAAAGAGUGGGACCUUCCCUUGCUCCGAGUGGCUUUCUUCCCCUCCGAGCUGUCCCCGGGGGCAAGGAGGGCAUGAGUACGUGGCCUUCACCUUUGGACUCCAAGGGGCAGGACCACUGGGAGUGUGCCGCGGGCUGGGCACAGAUGGACUCGGCAUCAGCGCCGUUGGAUAUGAUGAUGCUGGUGGCACCGUUCAGGUCCUCGCUCUCUUCUGCGUAUGGCUUCUUCAGCUCAGAGGUACCUGUGAUGGAUCCGCCCUGUGAAAUCUCUGCUUGAUAGAUUCAACUGAUACAUCUUUUAAAAAAGAGAGGUGUCCUUGGCCAAGGUGAUUUCACUAAUAGAGCAUAGGCUAAUUUCUUAAGAAAAUUAUUCAUCGUGAUUUUUUCCACUAGCUCCUCUCAUGAUCUUAAUGUUUACAUUUUUAUAACUUUAUUGAUUACAAAGAUAAGAAAAGCAGUAAGAGGAAAGGGUGCCAUUGACCCCUUAUUUUAAAUUAGUGACAGCUCUGCGGCUAAGUUCACCCACUUCGUGUAACUUCAAGGGCAUCCUCGUGGCACCUCGGGAUUGUUUUGGCUGAACACAAGCACUGAUUUAUUGCCUUUGAAAUCCUGUGUUUUUUCAAAAGGAAUGUGUACAAUUCUCAGUAAACACCAGUGGCAGCGUCUUACAUGUUGCUGUAAAAAUAGAAGAAAUACCAAAACCACUUCCUAAGUAUAUUUUAAAUCUAACUACUCAAUUCCCAGCUCAGUCAAAAAUUUCCUGCAGUGUUACGCUUUCCCACGUGACUAUUUUACAAUAACAAGAGAAAAAGCAAACAAUAGCUAGGUUUAAAUAACGAUUACACUGGAGUUCCUCUAAAAGGCAGCAAACGUACUGGUGAAAUACAAUAAGCUCUUGUAGUUGUCUCAUUUGUGAGAAGAUGAUUAUGGGCUACAGUAAAAUAAACGUAAUCUUACAUGCAGAUAAGUGAAAAUACCAAAACAUGCCUAUCUGAAGGAAGUAACUGUCACAGAGAGAGCGUUAUUGCAGGUUUCUCUGGUUUUCUGGUGAGAAAGCUGCAGAGCAAGCAAACAGUCCAUCUCCCACCGAAGUCAAUGGAAAUGUGUCCUCCAAUUUAACCGGCAGUUUGUUACGUCAAUGACACACGUGCGCGUUUACACACUGCAAGGAGUCCCUUUAAAAACGCGACCAGAGGCUGAUGCUCAGGUACACAGUUAAGAAUGCAUAAGGACAUUGUUUUUAAUUUAGCAGUUUUCCCAUAAGCUAGAUGCUGUAUAAUAUUGUCAGUGAAGGAGACUUUCAAUGGUUGUUCUGAGGAUUUUUAUGGACUUUGAUCAGCCAGAAUGUGACUGGGAGCUGUUUACUGUGAUUUCUUUCUCACAGGAUUCUCCAUUUAUCCGAUGAAAACAAGUUGAAGGCACUGUUAUGGUAACUAUGUAGCUUGUCCUACAGUUUUUCUUUCCAAAAACUGAUGCUUAAAAAAUAAACACAUUUUU